UUUAAUUGUGAUUCUCAGAGUUUUGACCACCUUCCGUGAGUAUUCUUAAGCGUUGUAUCCGAUCAUGUUUAUACACAAGCUCGCCACUUACUUUCAUGCGAUUAAUUUCUCUCGUAACGCCGACAGCCCCGGUGAAAGAAGACAAAGAGGAGGGGCGUGCAACUCUGCGUACGAAGAUUACGUGAAAAUAGAAAGGAUCACCGGUCAAAAGGUAUUGGAUCCGCGGAUAUUGGAUCGUGAUUGGUCGACGCUUCGCGUGGGAUCUUGCAAUCGUCCUUAUAGAUCGGAGGAUCGUCGAUCUGCCCUGCAGUUUGUCGGUUCACUUUCGAAGAUCAUUCCUGGACAGUCGAGGUGUCAAAGUGUUGGAAGAAUGCUCGGGACAAUCUACGUCGUCGUCAGCGCUAUAUUUUACGUGGUGGCUUCUCAGAAUGCGAUGAUCCUUGAACGAACAAAACGUCAGGACAAUGCGAGCGGGGAUGGCCACGUGAUAGACAGCAUCUUUAACAUUCCAAUCACGGCGCUCAAGCAAACUGCAGCUGCGGCGCAGUCUUUCAAUCCAGGAAACUCUGAGGCUAUUGACAGCGUCUUAAAGAUCCCUGUUUCGACAUUGGAGGCUGUUGGAAAUCUAGUAAAAGCAACGACCGGUCAAAGACGCCAGAAUGCCGAAGGAUUGCAACGGAUACGCCAAGAGAGGAGAGACCGAGUGUUGGCUCAGAGGGAACGACAGAGGUUUCAGAGAGAGCAGCAUCAGCAACAACGUUUCAAACAGCAAAUGAUAAAGAGAAAUAUCAAGAACAACAACAAAGAUCCAUUUGGUUUAAACGCUCUGUCCCUGCUGGUUAGUAAUCAUGGCGUUUUAGGUAGUAUUCAAGGUGCGUUUGGUGGUUACAGUGGAGGUGGUGGUGGACAUGGUAGUCAUGGUAGUCAUGGUAGUCACGGUGGUCACGGUGGUCAUGGAAGUCAAGGCAUCCACGGAGGACACGGAAGCACAGGCGGCUACGAAGUUCACGAAACCAUAGAGGAGGACACAAAUUAUUCCUGGCACGGGAUCACCGCUGGGUUUGGUACGUUCUCAGGUAGUCGACCAACCAGCGCGCACAUCUCCGUGCAAAAUAAAAUCGCUCCAAAGGAUGAAAGGCCGAUCAAGUAUUACGACGAUCCUCCCAUACAGAACAAAAUUGCUCCGAGCACAGGAAAUGAAUUGGACUACAAAGACGAUCCUCCGCUAGAGAACAAGAUCGCACCGAAAAGCAAUAGAAUAUUGUUUCGGUCUUAAGGGAAAUUGAAAAUGGAACGAAAUUUAAUUUCUUUUUUUUUUUUUCUUUCUGAAAACUUACUUCCUUUAUGUAAUGCCUAGUCCACAUGGUAUUUAAUUAGGUAAGGAAGGUUGCGUGAUAACUACGUGAGUCACAUCACGCCGCUUAUGCAGAUAAAUAAUGGCGAAAUUGCUUGGCGAAAGCAAAGUCGACGAAGCAAUUACAAAUUUCGUUCGUUUCAACGAUAAGUGACUCAUCGGAUCUUCACCGAUGUGCCACGUUUGAUCCACGUUUGACCUACGUUUGACCUUGAAGUCACGCUUGUACCACGAAACGUUCCGACGUUAAAAUUCUCCGGCGAAUGUCGCGAUACGGGAAACAUUUCGAUUGUAAUGCCUCUCAUGAAUAA